AUGGCUUGGCAAAGAUCUGUAAUAAAGUUUCUAGUAGUGUCCCUUGGAAAGAAAAUACUCGUAUUAGGGAUCGCUAAAGUAUGUUCAUUAGCUGAAUACCAAGUACAGAUGUAUGGAAUUCCUCAUGUUUAUCGAAGAGCGUUGGAAAUAAAUAAAAAAGUAUUUAAAAAUCCUGAAACGAGAAAAAUAACUGCAAAUUUAGUGAAACGAGGAUUUCUAUUACCAAAUACAAUAUCUGUUAGAUUAGGGAUGAUACCACAAAGGCCUAUCAAAACUUUCCCGUCAUCAUCAUCAGCAACAAAUAAUACUGGCAAAAGCAACACUAUUACCACGCCUUACACACCAUCUAGAUUAAUUAAACCUAGUCUUCCCAACCUGCCCAUUGGAUCCAUCAAGAAUCCAACUACUUCCACACCUAUCACACAAACCACCACCACCACAUCCACCACCACACCCACCACCACACCCACCACCACAUCCACCACCACACCCACCACCACAUCCACCACCACACCCACCACCACAUCCACCACCACAUCCACCACCACACCCACAUCUUCAACUAAUAACUCAGCUUCAUCCACAUCUCAAAAAUGA